AAUGUUGACACACUAAUGUCCACUAAAGGUGAACCAGGAUAACUGACUAUUUGAAGACCCAGCAGUGUCUCUUCUCAUUUCAGAUGUACCAUAAAUCUGAAACGACACUUGUCCACCCCAGCUAUUGGAGCUUGAAAGACUUCUAGGCAGAAACAGGGCAUUAAAAAUUUGAAACACCACACUAAGACAUCUUUCUCUUCUUGGAGGUGUUUGGCUAAGUGUUCAAUUUGGUCACAAACAUAGAGAGACUCUCUGGUCUUCCAGGUUGUAAUUGCUGUGUGCUGGGAUGGCGCCAGGGGACGUGGUGCCAGAGCAUGCCAAGCAGCACAAACCCAGGGAGAGACGGCAGCCAAGACCAUCAGAGAGCGACUGCGAGGCUGAUGGUUCCUUUGUCUUUGAGGCCAAUGAGGCCUGGAAGGAGUUCCACAACUCACUUUGCCAGUUCUAUGCAGCUGGGGAGCUGUGUGAUGUUACACUGAAGGUAGGCAGCAGACUGAUACCAUGCCACAAGCUUGUGCUAGCUUGCGUGAUCCCCUACUUCCGGGCCAUGUUCCUCUCGAAGAUGGCAGAGGCCAAGCAGGAGCUGAUUGAAAUCCGUGAUUUUGACGGCGACGCCAUCCAAGACCUGGUGGAUUUUGCAUACUCGUCACGCUUGACUCUGACGGUGGACAACGUGCAGCCACUUCUGUACGCAGCUUGCAUCUUGCAGGUGGAGUUGGUGGCGAGAGCCUGCUGCGAGUACAUGAAGGCUCACUUCCAACCCUCCAACUGCUUGGCAGUGCGCACCUUUGCCGAGAGUCACAACCGAGUGGAUCUGAUGGGCAUGGCAGACCGCUAUGCUUGUGAGCACUUCCGCGAGGUUGUAGAGUGUGAGGACUUCCCCUGCGUGUCACCACAGCACCUGUGUACCCUGCUUUCCUCCAGUGAUCUCAAUAUUCAUUCUGAGGCCCAGGUAUACAAUGCUGCUGUCAAGUGGCUGAAGGCCAACCCCCAGCAUCAUAAUGUCUGGCUGGACCAGAUCUUGUCCCAGGUGCGUCUCCCUUUGCUCCCCGUGGAUUUUCUGACAGGCACAGUUGCCAAAGAGGAGAUGAUCAGGGCCAACCUGAAAUGUCGCGACCUGCUGGAUGAAGCUCGCAAUUACCAUCUACACCUGAGCAACAAGAUGGUCCCCGAUUUUGAAUACUCUAUCCGUACUACACCCAGGAAACACACAGCAGGGGUGCUGUUCUGCGUGGGUGGGCGAGGUGGGUCCGGGGACCCCUUCCGCAGCAUUGAGUGCUACUCCAUUAGCAAGAAUAGUUGGUUCUUUGGGCCUGAGAUGAACAGCCGGCGCCGCCAUGUUGGUGUUAUUUCUGUCGGAGGAAAGGUGUAUGCUGUCGGAGGACAUGAUGGAAGUGAGCACCUGGGUAACAUGGAAGUGUUUGACCCACUCACAAACAAGUGGAUGAUGAAAGCCUCCAUGAAUACUAAAAGGAGAGGAAUUGCUCUUGCUGCCCUCGGAGGCCCAAUCUAUGCCAUUGGUGGUCUGGAUGACAACUCAUGUUUUAAUGACGUUGAGCGCUAUGACAUUGAAUCGGACCACUGGAGUGCAGUGGCCCCUAUGAACAUGCCCCGUGGAGGGGUGGGCUCUGUGGCUUUAGGGAGCUACGUGUAUGCAGUCGGGGGGAAUGACGGUGUGGCUUCACUGUCCAGCGUGGAGCGGUUUGACCCCCACUUAAAUAAAUGGUCCGAGGUGAAGGAGAUGGGACAGAGGCGGGCCGGGAAUGGAGUGAGUGAGCUCAACGGCUGCCUCUACGUUGUGGGUGGUUUUGAUGACAACUCCCCUCUGAGCUCUGUGGAGCGCUUUGACCCCCGGCUGCACCGCUGGGAGUAUGUGGCUGAGCUGACCACUCCUCGGGGAGGCGUAGGUGUGGCCACCAUCAUGGGCCGUGUUUUUGCAGUUGGUGGACACAAUGGGAACAUCUACCUUAACACGGUGGAGGCCUUUGACCCUCGAAUGAACAGGUGGGAACUGGUGGGCUCUGUGUCCCACUGCCGUGCGGGUGCUGGAGUGGCAGUCUGCGCUAGCCACAUAAGCCAGAUCCGUGAUGUGGGCCAGGGCUCCAACAAUGUAGUGGAUUGCAUGUGACAACCUGGCCAGCUGAUGGAAGAACAUGCGGUCUAUUGGUAUAACUAUGUACGAUCUCACGGAUGACCCUUUCCCAAACUACACACACAAAAUUUAACAGGAAGCCAACAGAACUUCCGGACAUUAGAAAUGAGGUCGAUGAAUAGUUAGGUUUUAUGUGGAAUAAAUGAAUUCAGGUUAUAAGUUGUGCUUUACAAUCCAUUUAAAAUCUUUGUGAAGCUGUUAGCUUAAUGUAUUCACAAAGCCUCAGUGUACUUUAACAUGAUUACUUUUGUGAUGGAGGAACAGUUCUAGUUGACUGAGCUCAAAGUAAGAUCGUGCUCUGCUGCAGUGUUGGUUUACUUGUGGUAUUCAUGUUAGAGGAGUAUGAAUGGUGACCUUUUUAAAAUUCUCAGGAUUCUCCCACUUUGCAGCCUCCAGUUAUGAAGAUCGCAUUGUUAGACUUCAGACAGAGCAUUUGUAUGUUAAACAGUGCAAUGAGUAAUUUUUCUACUUGUCAGUUUGAGGGGGAAACCAUCUUGAAAUUGAGUUCGGUUUCCUUAUUUCUGUAUGUUACGCAUUCAGUAAGUUCCUGUGACAUUUAUGAAUUUGAUAUUUAAAUGUGAUCUUCCUUGAUAUACAUAAGUAGCAAUUUUGUUUGAACAGCAAUAGACCAUGUAAAAUACUGAUAUUUUAACACACUAUACCUGGUUUUUGCGAGUGAACAAUCAUUUUAAUGUUUCAGCAAAUUAAAGGGCCUAUAAUGUGACUUGCACACAACCUUUACUUCUGCAGUGGCUACGCACUACAAUGUUUUUGUCUUUUGCUGCUGGAAUUAAUUGAAUAAUUAACAGGUGAGACCAUAACAAACAAGACUGAUGUCUGCUUUACUGCUUCAUCUGUUUGUGUUUGAGGUCUGUAUGCUGCCUGUAAUUGCUUUUAGAUUCACUGAAGCAUGAACUUUUUCUGCCACACUAGAAUAAAAUAACAUGGUUUCAUUAUGUGGAGUU